AUGGCGGAAUUGGAAUUGAGCAGAGCUGGCGAUAUCCAGACAAGAGUAGAGGACUACCUCAACGAUAAAAUCCAAACGACGACGGAUCUUGACCAGGUCGAUGGCCUGCUACGACGUGUACAGGGACAGCAGAAUUUAUUGAAGAAACAGCUAGAUGAUGCUCGAAGAAGCCAUCGUGAGGCACUAAGUCGAGUUGAAGUGCGAUCCAACGAACUCAGAACACGAGUCGAAGCUUUUCAAACCCAACAAGCUGAUCUCGACCAACGACUCAGACGGCUUGUACAGUCCGAGGUUAGCGAUGAUGCAGCGAAAAAGAUCGAGGCACGAAUGAACAAAGUACGCAAUCUUGAGAUUGCAUAUGGAUAUCUUGAAUUGGUUCAGCAAAUGGACUCCUUGACCAGCAAGUCCAGAGAAAACCUAUCGUCCCACCCGGACGUCUCAGUCCGAUCAUAUACUCGGUUGCGAGCUAUCCUGAAAAGAAUGCAGGACGAACAACCUGCAACGGAGGGAGCAGCACCACAAUUAAUCUACGUGUUUGAACGACGGUCCAAGCAAAUUUAUACAGAAGUCAAGGAGAAGCUUGAGAGCGAGUUGAGGGAAACUUUGGACAAGAUGAAAUGGCCAGGAAAGGAGCUGAACAUGCGGGGAUCCGUCCGCGAGGGAUGGGAGCAAAAGGUCAAACUCCUUCUCGAACUUCAGGACUCAGAUUUGAUUGCCGCAUUUGGGGACGUCGACACUCUUAAUGCAUCCUCAAUUGAACCGGUGGUUCUUCUCCCAAUCGAGGUUAUGGUGCAGCCUCUCGCGGCAAGAUUUCGCUACCAUUUCUAUGGAGAAAAGCCUACGAACAGAUUGGACAAGCCCGAAUACUUCCUCACCCAUAUUUUGGACCUUCUUGAGAGGCAUAGCGUUUUCAUGACUGAAAUGCUCGGUCCGAUCCUAGAUGAGAGGGCCCUCCACUCCGAGGUGCUGGAAACCAUCUAUCCGGAUGCGGUGUCAACUUUUAUUACGGGAUUGCUGCCAAUGGUCUUUGCCAAAUGUCUAUCCUUCUUGCCUCAGAUAUCAAAGCAACCGCAACUCCUGUCUCAUUUCAUGCAUGAAAUCAUGACAUUUGACACAGCCAUUCGCGACUCCUGGGGAUAUGUCCCUAUCCCUAGGAUGCUGUCAGAAUGGAAAGGAGUGACGUGGAAGAUUUUGACAACGCAUGGCUACUUCACUCCAUGGUUGACGGUGGAGAAGGACUUCGCUCUGUCUCGAUAUAAGAGCAUCAGAGAUGCCCCUGAUAGUGGGGAUGUCGACUUUGAUGCCGAUGCCGUGCAGACGAAGCCUACGAAGGGCGCCAUCCGAGUCAAUGAUCUGCUUGAGACGAUUACAGACCGAUACCGCGGGUUAUCGUCUUUCAGCCAAAAGAUGAAGUUUCUCCUAGAAAUUCAGCUAUCUAUCUUUGAUGAUUACCACAAUUACCUCCACGGUGCACUUCAAGCAUAUCUCGUUGCCUCACGCACGGCAGGUCGGCUGCUUCAGGGUCAGUCUGAAGCCGAUGCGUUCGGUCUCAAGGGCCUGGAAUCACUAGCAAAGAUAUGCGGAAGUGCCGAGUUCCUCGAGCGGAAAAUGUCUGACUGGAGUGAUGACGUUUUCUUCCUGGAACUCUGGGAUGAACUUCAACAUCGCGCGAAAGCGAACAGUGGCGUCGGUGCCUCUAUUGGCAACGACUUGAAAGUGGACGAUGUCGCGGAAAGAACGUCAGCAACUAUCAAAUCGAAUGGCUCGGAUGCUGAUGCGGAUACGGAUGGAAGCGGACUCUUUGACCAAACCGCUCUCGCAUAUCGGCGACUUCGUGAGCGGAGCACGGAAGAAAUACUUCGGGCGUUUGAUGUGAACCUACGAGGUGCACUCAGACCGUACGCAAAAUACGCACAAUGGUCUACACUCGCUGGCACGCCGUCUGAUGUGGAGUUAAUGACACCGUCCCCAAGUCUUGAUGGCUUUUUGGAGACCACAUCCGUCCUUCUGGGCUACCUGGCCCGUGUAUUCGCACCCGGCUCAUUGCGUCGAAUCACCAAACAUUUCUGCUCGUCAGUGCAACGGGAAAUAUACGACAAUAUUCUAAUGUGUCAUACAUUCUCGGCCGCUGGAGCAUCUCAAUUAAAGAGAGAUUUACUUGCAAUUGAAGAGAGCAUUGAGAAGACGAGCAAAUUGCGAGGGUCCGUUGCUGGAAGCAUGAGACGGCUUGAAGAAGCAAUCUUUCUCCUGUCCCUCGAUGCCGGAGAAUCACGAGGUCCUGUUAGCAGCGGUGAAGAGGACGGAUGGGGCUUUGAGGAUGAAGAAGACCGAGGACCCACAAAAUAUGUCACCCGGGUUUCGCUUGAGAACAAGAGCGAUGACAAGGAGUUGGGCCUCUGGAAUGCCGAAAAACUUAUUUUUGAGAGCAAUGAAGCAGCACGAAGGGCUUUGGGGGAAAUGGGACUGUACCACCUCAGUGAAAGUGAUGCAAGAAGCAUAUUAAAACGAAGAGUGGAGCUCAAUGGCUGA